AUGGCUGGCAUUUCUGGUCCUGUCUAUGGCCUCGAGGUCCCUCCCGGCGAGAUCCUGAUUCCCGCCUCCAUGGACUUCCCUGCCUCUUUCCGCAUUACCAUGGCUGCUGUUGACCCUACUGAGGAGCCCGAGGCCGAUGAGGAUGGCAACAUCCCCAAGAUCCCCCGCUCUACCCUCCGUCUUGUCAAGCGUGCUUUCCCCGGCCUCGACGACGACGAGGACGACGAGAUUGAUGAUGAGUACAUGAAGGCUCUUCUCGCCGCCUCUGAUGAUGACGACGAGGAUGAGGAGGAUAACGGUGGCCCCAGCGAUCCCGCCAAGUCCAAGAAGUCCAACCAGGCUGCUGCCAUCAAGAAGCUUCUUGCUGCCACCCAGGACGACGACGAGGACAUGGAGGAUGCGCCCGCCAAGUCCAAGGGCAAGGGCAAGGCCGCCGUCGAGGUCGAUGAGGAUGACGAAGAUGAUGAAGACGAUGAGGAUGAUUCGGACGACGAGGACGGCGCUGACCUCGAGAACUUUGUCAUUUGCACUCUCGACACCGAGAAGAACUACCAGCAGCCUCUUGACAUUACCGUCAACGAGGGAGAGAAGAUCUUCUUUGUCGUCUCUGGUACCCACACUGUUUACCUGACCGGUAACUACAUCAUGGAUGACGACGAGGACGACUACGAUGAGGAUGAUGAUGAGGAUGACUACGACCUUUCCCCCGACGAGCUCGAGCUCGCCCUGGGUGAGGACGAUGAGGAUGAUGAGAGCGACGACCUUGACGAUGUUGAGGACCCCCGCAUCACCGAGCUCGACUCUGAGGAGGAGGCUCCCCAGCUGGUCGACACCACCAAGAAGGGCAAGAACAAGCGCUCUGCCGAGGAGACUGAGAACCUUGACGAGCUCAUUGCCAAGGACGACACCAAGCUCUCCAAGAAACAGCAGAAGAAGCUCAAGAACAACCAGGGCGAGGCUGUUGCUGCCGACGAGAAGAAGGACGCCAAGAAGGUUCAGUUCGCGAAGAACCUUGAGCAGGGCCCUACCGGCUCUACCAAGGCUGCCGUUGGCGUCAAGGUUGUCCAGGGCGUCACCAUUGACGACCGCAAGAUUGGUACCGGCCGCGUUGCCAAGAAUGGCGACAGCGUCGGUGUCCGCUACAUCGGCAAGCUCCAGAACGGCAAGCAGUUUGAUGCCAACAAGAAGGGCAAGCCUUUCACCUUCAAGGUCGGCAAGGGCCAGGUCAUCAAGGGCUGGGACGUCGGUGUUGUCGGCAUGUCCAUUGGUGGCGAGCGUCGCCUUACCAUCCCCGCCAGCCUCGCCUACGGCCGCCAGGCUCUGCCCGGCAUCCCUGCCAACAGCACGCUUACCUUUGACGUCAAGCUGCUCGAGAUCAAAUAG